AUGGCAGUUGCCAGCAUGGCCAUGCCUGGCUCCACAGCAGGCCCCACACUGGGUUUUGAUGACUACAGUCUCUACAGCAACCUGUCAGAUGAUGAGCUGAUGCAGCUGGCUAUCGAACGCAGCCUCAGUGAGACCCACGAUGCCACUGCACCGGGUGAAGCCAGCAACACCACCACAGCUCUAGGAAGAAGAAUAGUCCAAGAAGAGGACACUAUUGUGAAAGCGAUCAUGAAUGGUGAUGUGACUACGUUACGAGCUAUGGCUAAAGACACCGGGAAUAACAUACUGCGGCCUGACAAGUAUGGAUGGAUCCCGCUGCACGAGGCUGCAUAUUAUGGCCAAGACCAGUGUGUCAGGGUUCUUCUUGGGGCUCAACCUGGAAUGAUUAACAAAUGCGACCUGAAAGGCCAGACUGCUCUUAUCUUGGCGGUGGGCAGGGAAAGGGUGGCCUGUGUAAAGGCGCUUCUGGAGAAAGGGGCAGACCCAGAACUCGCCACCAAGGAGAGAGAGACCCCCCUCUACAAAGCUUGUGAGAGGGAGAAUGCUGAGAUUGUGGCCAUGCUUCUGAAUCACGGUGCUGUGGUGAACAAACACUGCAUCCAGGGCUGGACGGCUCUCCAGGAGGCUGUGAGCCGCAACAGUGUGGAGAUAUGUGAGAUGUUGGUCCAGGCCGGGGCUAAGCUCAGCCCAACCAACAUGUACGGUAUCACGCCCCUGUUUACUGCAGCCCAGAGUGGAUGCGUGGAAACACUUCGAUUUCUCAUUAAACACGGUGCUGAUAUCAACAGCGAGGCCAGCGAUGGGGCCACAGCUCUGUAUGAGGCGGCUAAGAAUGGCCAUGAAGACAUUGUGAAGCUUCUUCUUUCUCAGAAUGCUGAUGCCAACAAAGCGGGCAAGAAAGGACUUCUGCCACUACAUAUCGCUGCCCAACGAGGAACUGAUGGUAUCGUGUCGUUGCUGAUCAAAGCCACCAGCAAGUCCAGAGUGAAUCGCAGUGGCAUCAGUCCCCUCCAUCUUGCCGCCGAGUGCAACAGGGAUGAAGUCCUGGGGGUCCUAAUCGAGGCCGGCUAUGAUGUCAAUGCCAUGCUGUCAGAGGACCGCUCCAAGAUGUACGAGGAUCAUCGCAGCACAAUUCUAUACUUUGCCGUCACCAACGGCAAUGUGGAAGCGACCACCAUGCUUCUAGAAGCCGGUGCCAACCCCAACCUAGACACCUUCAACACGCUACUGGUGGCCGUGAGGCAGGGUAGUAUCGAAUUGGUCACUUUGCUGGUGGAGAACGGGGCCAACGUUAACGCCUACGUCCCCACUCACCCCACCUCAUUCCCGGCCACUGUCAUGUUCAGUAUGAAGUACCUGUCCAUGCUGAAGUAUUUGAUGGACAAUGGCUGUGAUGCCCACUCCUGUUUUAGUUGCACUUACGGCAGUGGUCCACAUCCACCCAUUCAAGAGACAUCUGAGAGGGAUGACUUGCGCUACAAUAACGAUACACGCAGGAAUACUGGGAAAGCUGUUCAGUUCUGUGAGAUAAUCUCAACUCAGGCAAUAAACCGCUGGGCAGGACCCAUCAUAGACAUACUCCUGGAUUAUGUUGGCCAUGUGAAACUCUGCUCCAGACUUACUGAACACCUAGAUAGCUUUGAGGACUGGGAAGCCAUCAAGGAGAAAGCAACGCCACCGCGUCCACUGAUGCAGCUGUGUAGGCUGAAGAUCCGGCAGCAGGUUGGAAUCCACAGACUGAGGUGCAUCAACAAACUGCCCCUCCCACCACGAGUAAUCAAGUACCUUAACCACGAAGAGCGCAACCAAGAAGAGUUUUGUGCAUUCUAG